AUGUUCUGUUGCUUCAUACCGAUAUUCCUCCAGCUACUCCUGGAUAUCGAUUGCUGGGGAUUUGCUCUUUGUCCUCUUGUCAAGAUGAUUUCAUCUUGUUCAAAGUUUAAGACAUUCUUAAGAUCUUCCGUCACUUGUCUUAGUGAUGUUAUUAUUAUUAAACCAGGUCAGACAAUCUUCGCUUUCUCCAAACAAAUAAAUGAAAAUCACAUUUACUUUCCAGGUGAUGUUUAUGUCCCUCAGAAACUCAGUUGUAACCUGAUAUCCACCUCGUUUACAUCCAUUCAAAGAUCAGAUGAGUCUGUGGUAGCCGUUGUCAUCCAUUCUCCUUUGGCUUCUUACCUUGAUAUCGCUUCUAGAUCAAGAGUUGAAAAUGGUUAUACGUUUCAACCGCUUGCUUAUAAAGUUGUGAAUACUGCAGUUUGGGUUUCUUUAAUUAUCAAGUGUUCUAUAACUUUCAUUUUUCUAACUUCAAUAUUUAUUUGCGCAUUACCUAUUGGUGAUCUUAGUCAUCAGUUUUAUCGCUUGCUAAUCUGGUUUGCCCACACUCUUGGUAUUGUUAUUGCUUCUUCGAGCUUCUCAUUGUAUUUCAUAUGGAUGAUUGCCACUGCUGUUGUCACAUUCCACUUCCAGAAUGUUCUUUCUAAUUCUCAGGAUCAUUUUAAACUUAUUGAUGGCAAUGACUUCAAAUCUCCCAAUGUAUUUUUCCAACCCAACAUGUCUAAGGCUUCCAAAUCAAACACGUUAACUUUUCACUCGCUUAUCUCCAAUCUUCGCUACUUUGGCUUUAUGGUAAGUAAGAUUAAGCUUGUUUAA